CUCUGUCACUCUCAAAAAUAAAUAAAACAUUAAUAAAUAUAUUAAAAAAAAAAAAAAGAGUUACAGCCUCAUUCCUGGUCUAAGCCAGACCAUUGCCAGAAAGGUUUCUAGGCAGCCACCAGGGGGACAGAGGCUAGGAAAACAGGGAACCGGUCCCCUCUGACUCUAAUUCUCAUGGGAGCCAACUGCUCACAGAUGUGGAAAUGAUUACCUAUUACUGUAAUGUCUUACUCUGGGGAAGAGUCUGGUGGAGCUGGACUCCUGUCUCCUAUUGCACCACAAACCAUAGACUUCUUCCAUCUCCAUGCUGACGUUCGCACUGUAUACCCUGUGCUCUCCCUUCACGUUUUACAGUCUCUGCAGUUUAGUAGAUACAGGAGAUGUGAUACUAGUCCUCAGAGGAGGCUGGCCCUUUUUGCCCCCAGGAAGCAUCCUGAGUUUCUCCUAUGUCUGCUGACCUCUGGUGGCGAUAGUUUGAACUGGACCCUCCUUGUCUAGUUAGUGCCUGCUGGCAGGUAAUGAAUGGUGUACAUUUUCUCAGCCAUCCAAAUUCAAAUAUUCAAACACUGUAUCAAAUGGAAAUAUUUUUUACUGCUGAAUUUUUUUGUUUUCAGGCCUCAUGACAUGAUGUAAAGAACAGAGCCUGGGCUUUGGAAUCAGACUUACCUAGGUUCAGGUCCUAGCUCUUUCCUAGCAGAGUGACCUUGGGCAAGUUACCUAAGCUUAGCUUUCUUACCUGUAAAGUGAAAAUAAUAAUAAAUAGCUCAAUGGGAAAAUGAGAUGAUUGUAAAAUGCAUAGCCCUAGCUGUGCCAUAGCACAUAGGUGCUCAAUAAAAGUUUGUUACCUUCUCAAUAAUAGUGAUUUUGUUCAGUGUAUGACUCCAUAUGAUUUUAAAAUUUUUGGUAAGAUAAAAAUUUACCAUUAUUCCCAUUUUUCAAUGUGACUUUUUUAAACUCUGAGAAGUUUUAUAUAACUGCUUUCUGAUUCUUGAGUUUGGAAACUGAGGUCAACUUUAGUAUGGUCUGUGAAGCCUGCCUCUGCCCAGAGAGCUACAGAUCCGAGCCCUGAAAAUAAGGGUUAGAGAGAUCUUGGGCACAGCCAAAUGGCUCAGUUGACCUCACUCUCGUUUCCAGCCUAAGAAGGACUGACAGGAUCCAGCACUUUCUUCCAGGGUCAGCAAAGGGCAGAGGUCUGAAGUCAGGCAUCACAGGGUUCUCAGCUGGGCCUCCAAGACCCCCCUCCUCCCACUUUGCAGAGAAAAGAGGCGGCGGCUGCAGAGAAGAGGAUAUGUGAUUGCUUCUCUGCUCCUCCCUCUCCCUGCUUUUCCCUACACCCAUCCUCUCCCCCACAGCAGCCAUCUCCCCCGCAGCAACUGGAAAGAGGGAGGGGGGCGGAGUUGGGGACUGAGGGAUCAGAAGACCCACAGCGUCCUGUAUCUGAACGAAGCUCUUGCCGGGGGCAGCUGUGCUGGUUCAUGCUCCCCUCUCCAUGCUGCUUGCCUCCUCCAGCAUGAUGCUGGGGACUCUGGGCCUUUGGGUACUCCUCCCCAUAGCUGUGCAAGGCCCCUGGAGUGCGGGGAAGCACAAAGACACUGGGGAAGCUGCUAGAUGCAGGACCAGGGCCCCCCAGGGUUAUCCGCUGCCUCUACAGCCGCUGUUGUUUUGGGAUCUGGAACCUGACCCAACACCAGGCACAGGUGGAGAUGCAAGGUGAAUGGCAAAGUAUAUAGCAGGUGAUAGCUAUGGUGGGAGACAGGUACAUCCUGGGGUGGGGGGUUAUAGCAGUGGGAGAGAAGAAGAAAUGGAAUGUGUGGAGGGAAAGAAAAGCCCAUAUGAGAUGGAGGGGAUGUCUUUGAUAGAGGACGGGGUUACCCUCUCUGUUCCUAGACUCCAUUAUGCUCGCUCGCCCUCUCUCUCUCUCUCUCUCUCUCUCUCUCUCUCUCUCUCUUUCUCCCUUUCUCCCCUCUUGUAAUUCCACCCCAUCAGGAUGCCGAGACAGUGAUGAGCCAGACUGUGAGGCCCCCCACUGUGAGCUGAGCCCCCGAGCCCACCCUGGCCCCAGGUCCACUCUCUUCACCUGCUCCUGUGGCACUGACUUCUGCAAUGCCAAUUACAGCCAUCUGCCUCCUCCAGGGAGCCCUGGGACUCCUGGCUCCCAGGGUCCCCAAGCUGUCCCAGGCGAGUCCAUCUGGAUGGUGCUGGUGCUGCUGGGGCUAUUCCUCCUCCUCCUGCUGCUGCUGGGCAGCAUCAUCUUGGCCCUGCUACGGCGAAAGGCCUGCAGAGUCCAAGGUGGCCCAGAGCCAGAGCCAGAGCCAGAGCCAGGCUCAGGCAGGGACUGGAGUGCUGAGCUGCCCGAGCUGCCUGAGCUGCCCGAGCUGUGUUUCUCCCAGGUAAUCUGGGAAGGAGGUCACACAGUGGUGUGGGCUGGGCAGCUGCAAGGCAAGCUGGUAGCCAUCAAGGCCUUCUCCCUGAGGGCCGUGGCCCAGUUCCAAGCUGAGAGAGCACUAUACGAACUGCCAAGCCUACAGCACGACCACAUUGUCCGCUUUAUCACCGCCAGCAGAGGGGGCCCUGGGCCCUUGCCCUGUGGGCCCCUGCUGGUACUGGAGCUGCACCCAAAGGGCUCCCUGUGCCACUACUUGACCCAGCACACCAGUGACUGGGGAAGUUCCAUGCGGAUGGCGCUGUCCCUGGCGCGGGGCCUGGCAUUUCUCCAUGAGGAGCGCUGGCAGGAUGGCCAAUACAAACCAGGUAUCGCCCACCGAGAUCUGAGCAGCCAGAAUGUGCUCAUUCGGGAGGAUGGGUCGUGUGCCAUUGGAGACCUGGGCCUUGCCUUGGUGCUCCCUGGCCUCACCCAGCCUCCCACCUGGGCCCCAACUCAACCCCGAGGCCCAGCUGCCAUCAUGGAGGCUGGCACCCAGAGGUACAUGGCACCAGAGCUCUUGGACAAGACUCUGGACCUACAAGACUGGGGCACGGCCCUCCGGCAAGCCGAUGUUUACUCUCUGGCUCUGCUCCUAUGGGAGAUCUUGAGCCGCUGCCCAGAUUUGUGGCCUGACAGCAGACCACCACCCUUCCAACUGGCCUAUGAGGCAGAACUGGGCAGCACCCCUACCAUCUGUGAGCUGUGGACCUUGGCGGUGGAGGAGAGAAGGCGCCCCUACAUCCCAUCCACCUGGCACUGCUUCACCACAGACCCUGGUGGCCUGAGAGAGCUGCUAGAGGACUGUUGGGACGCAGACCCAGAAGCACGGCUGACAGCUGAGUGUGUACAGCAGCGCCUGGCUGCCCUGGCCCGUCCUCAGGAGGCCCGCCCCUUCCCAGAGAGCUGCACCCACGACUGCCCACCUCUCUGCCCAGAAGACUGCCUCUCACCUCCUCCCCACUGCCAUUCCCCCUUGUAGGCCUCCACUGAAUGCUGCUUCAGCAUUCAGCAAGGCCCUGGUGCCAGGAGUCCUCCUGUACUAUCUCUCACCUGUAAAUAUGCAGUUUAUGUAUAACCUAUGUACAUGCAAACAUAAAUAUGGUGAUCAGA